GAAAAAUCUGGAAUCGUCGCAGUGAGCUGAAGUCUGCUCUGAACUUGUGAGGAUACACAACAUUGUCUUCAUAUAAGUUAUUCGUUUAAGACAAACAUGGUCAAGGAAACAGGCUUCUAUGACACAUUGGGGGUGAAACCUAAUGCUACUCCCGAUGAACUGAAAAGGGCCUAUCGCAAACUAGCCUUGAAAUAUCACCCAGACAAAAAUCCUACAGAAGGAGAGAAGUUCAAGCAGAUCUCACAGGCGUAUGAGGUGUUGUCUGAUGCCAAGAAGAGAGAGGUGUAUGACCGUGGAGGUGAAAAGGCUAUAAAGGAAGGAGGAACUGGUGGUGGUGGCGGAGGGGGCUUUGCAUCGCCCAUGGACAUCUUUGACCUAUUUUUUGGCGGAGGUAGUCGGAUGCACAGAGAGCGGAAAGGGAAGAAUAUUGUUCAUCAGAUUUCAGUUACACUGGAAGAUCUUUAUAAUGGAGCUACAAGAAAACUUAGUGUCCAGAAGAAUACCAUCUGUGAGAGAUGUGAAGGUCGAGGGAGUCGGAAAGGAGCUGCACAGAUGUGCAUGACUUGCCAUGGCACAGGCAUGCAGGUCCGCGUGCACCAGCUAGUACCAGGUAUGGUUCAGCAAGUGUCCACAGUGUGCCACAGCUGUCAGGGCCAAGGACAGAGAAUCAGCCACAAGGACCGCUGCAAACAAUGUGCAGGUCGGAAGAUCCUGCGACAGAAGAAGAUCUUGGAGGUCCACAUUGACAAAGGAAUGAGAGAUGGCCAGAAAAUAGUUUUCCAUGGCGAGGGAGAUCAGGAGCCAGGACUUGAGCCAGGUGAUAUCAUUAUUGUCCUGGACCAGCGAGAACAUCCACGUUUCACCAGGAGAGGUGAGGACCUGACCAUGUCCAUGGAGUUACAGCUGGUUGAGGCUUUGUGUGGUUUCAAGAAACCUGUUCCGACACUGGACGACAGAACGCUCCUCAUCACCUCACAUCCAGGAGAACUGAUCAAGCCUGGAGACACAAAAUGUGUCUUGAAUGAAGGGAUGCCCAUGUACCGCAGACCGUUUGAGAAGGGACGCCUUAUUAUUCACUUCUCAGUUGUGUUCCCACAAGCCAACUUCCUCCCCAACAACAAGCUGAAGGAGCUGGAGCGCUACCUCCCAGAAAAGAUGGACGCAGAGCAGCCAGACAGUAUGGACGAUGACCUCUACAUCUAUGCCGACCUGGAGGACUGUGACUACGAAAACAGGAAAAGACACCAUCGUCAGUAUUGCUACAAGGAUGACGACGACUACGCCAGCACUGGAGGUGUUCAGUGCCAGACGUCUUAAAUAACAGCUGGCAUGAAGCCUGAACCCUCAUCUAUAAUGCAAAGCACCUUUUUGAAAUUUUGUGCACUUUUUAUUUUAUUACUUUUCUUAAAAUCAUAACUAUUUACUCGUUGAAGUUUUCUUUCAAGCUGAAUCACAAACCUGUGUCCCAACGCCCUCCUGAUUUAUUGUAAUGCUUUUUGGAUUGAGUGGAGUAUCUUAAAGUUCCAGGACUAAACUUGGAUCCAGGUGAAUGGGAUUCCUCGUCAUCUCUGGGACCUUAUUUUAAUUAAUUUAAUUUUUUUCCCAGUCACACUGUGAUUAUAGACGAGGGCUGGUAUUACACAGGCUUCAGAGGAAAGAAAAACUUCUUUGUCUAAACAAGGACUGCCUGCUUUUUAUGAGGUUAGACUAAAACUGACAGCCAAUAUUAAUCUGAAAAUAACCUUUUUUCUAUAGUCUUACUAAAUCAGUUGUUGUUGUGAACCACUUGUUGAUGACUCGUUCAAUCAGUUGUGUGAAGACCCAAUCUUCAGAUGGUGGUGGUGGAGGGGGAUAUGCAUUGAUACUUGACAACGACAUUUAUGCUGUUUAACCCUUUCAAGGGCUAUUUUAUAAACAUUAUUAAACAAUGUUGACAAUGUGACAGGAAGAUGUAAAGUUAAUGAUGAUUCAGGCAGGAGAGUACUUAGGUCCAAGCCACUAAAUUGUAGAUUAUUCAAACUAAUGUUUAAGUUUAGUUUAACAUUUUUACUUUUGAGCUGCCAUUUGUUAUCUGUUGUGAUGCCACAGUUGUUUUUGUGGAAAGUGGAACAUCUCAUACAUAUAUAUGUACAGUGGAGUCCAAAAGUACACAGUGGGAAAGUGGUCUCAGACUUUUGGACCCCACUGUAUACUUAUCAGCCAAAUAUGCAUGACAGGGUAGGUAUUCAAAGACAAAGGGUCAAACAUGAGUAAGAAGUCACUUUAUUUUGGAAAAACAAAGAAGAGGUCGUGGGAGGUUUUGAAGGAGUAGGUUGUUGGGAUAACUUUGCUCAAACUCAGAAUGGGUAUUUUACAAUACUUAUAGGUACAUACAUAGGUAUGUUCCAGAUUUGAUCUGGUUUUGGGUUUCAGCAGACAGGUACACAGAUAACACAGAUUUGAAAAAAGGCCCCUAAUGCCUUGAUGGCAAAUGUUUUCAUCUCUUUUAAAAUUGCCAAGUGCCAAGUCGCACCCAAGUUGAAGAAAAAAAAGUGACUAAUGACGAGGUUGCUGUUUUAACGGUUGAAUGGCGUAAGAUUAUUUCCAGCACGUGCUUUUAAAAUCAUUAGAAGAUUUAGAGUUCAGUUACUUCUCUGAUAUUGUCUUAAGACCAAAAUCUGGAAUUCAAAUGACAAAUUUUAAUGAAAGUAGCAAGUUAAAUUUGUUGAUGGGUUUUUGCUGGUUUUGGCCCAAAAGUUAUUAAGUGUGUCUUUUUUCAUGUUUCUAAUCCUAAUAGCAGAUGCCAAAUGGGACUUAAAAUUGGCACACCUGAUACCUCACUGAUGUGUCUGCCUGUUUGAAAGCCUUAUCAUAACUUAACUUGAAGCUACUUGAUAAUGCAGUUUUGUUUGUUUGUUUGUUUUUGUUCAUGGGUGAUCUUUGCCUUGGAUAUUGUAACACAUCUAUGCUCACAGAAGAGGGGUUCCUUCAAUUGUUUGACGGUUGUUCUUGAAAGUAGAUGCAAAUUUAUGAGUAGUCAUAAUGUCAGGGGUAAUUCAACUCGAAUAUGUGUUGUCCAGGUCUUGAUUUGACUGUUUGUGUGUUAGGACCAAUGAUUACUUGUUUGUGCUCAUGUUUUCUAAUUAAAUUCAGUUUGGUGGUCUUUCUAAAUUGUGCUGUUUC